GUUACCGCAGCUUCUGCUUAUUCCCAUCUUCUUUCUUCUUCUUCAUCAUCAUCAUCAACGCAGAGACUGCUGCUCCAACCGCCGGUUCCCAAUCUCCGUUCCGAUCAUCAAUCUUUCAACCGAUUCCGGCAUCAACGGCGAAAAAUCCGGCGGAAGAUGUAUCUAUUUUCUUGAAAGCUUUUUAACACAUCUCAAGCAUUUGGGGGGAAAGAAGCGUCCAUUUGCCAGAAGUCCGAGAUAUUACCAUUUCGGUUCCGAGUUCUUCCAUUUCCGAGUCCUUGUAGCUGAAUAAAUCUCAAAUCUGAAUUUUGAAAAUGGGUGAGCAAGCGUUUUUUGAUAGAAUGAUCAACCAUCUCCGAGAAUCAUGCAAGUAUUAUACUGGUUACCCAAAGAAUCUUGGGCCAUCACGGGUUAUUCAUUUUACAUCAGAACGUGAGUUUGUCCAACUUCUUCAUGAAGGCUAUCCUAUAGUUGUUGCAUUUACCAUAAGGUGUAAUCUCACUACACAUCUUGAUAGAGUGAUAGAGGAAGCAGCAGCUGAGUUUUACCCUCACGUGAAGUUUAUGCGUGUUGAAUGUCCAAAAUAUCCUGGUUUCUGUAUUUCGCGGCAAAAGAAGGAGUAUCCAUUUGUUGAAAUUUUUCAUAGUCCGGAACAAGCAUCCAACCAAGGAAGGCUUGCUGAUUCAAAUGUAACAAAGUACUCGGUCAGGGUUCUACCUUUCAAUUAUGACCUUAGUGCAUAUGGAUUUAGAGAAUUUUUCAAGCGCCAUAACAUAAGGUCAUCAGAUCCAAAGUAAAUAAGGUGAAGGACAAAGUUCCAGUUGCCGUAUAUUUUUACUUAGGUGAGGUUCAGGGAAUGAUUCCCAACCCAGAAUCAGUGGAGAAUUUCCGGUCCACUUUGUUGCCAGGUUACCAGAUCAUAGGCAUUUUUAUUUAUGUUGAUUAGCUCACAGCUCAUAAACCAUGUAAAAAAUCCUGCCGUAUUUGUAGUCUGCUUUUCAUAUCUAGAACUGGAAUCAAAGUUAAAAAUGAUUUUGUUUUGUUUGGAAAACUUGUAUUAUUUGUCUGUUUUUGAUUUCUAGUUUUCUAUCAUAUUUUUUUCCUUGAAAAGAAAAGCUAUAUGUCAAA